AUGAGGGUCGUCGCUCUGCUGUGUCUCCUGAUGCUCGCCGAGGUCGGAGCCUCACGCAUCAUCCGUGACUCCCAGAGUGGACCUGAAGCUGCUGCCGAACUCCCCAAGAGCAACUCCUCCGCGCCGCUUCCACUCCCACCACAGCCAGGCCGACCCAGGGGCUCCUUCCCACCCAUGUGCAUAAAGCCCACAGAGAUUAAGCAUGCCUUCAAGUACGUCAACACCAUCGUGUCCUGUCUGAUCUUUGUAGUCGGGAUCAUCGGCAACUCAACUCUGCUCAGGAUCAUAUAUAAGAACAAGUGCAUGAGGAACGGUCCUAAUGUCCUGAUUGGCAGCUUGGCACUAGGAGACCUGCUGUACAUCAUCAUCGCCAUUCCUAUCAAUGUUUUCAAGCUCAUAGCUGAGGACUGGCCGUUUGGAGUCUACAUCUGUAAGUUGAUGCCGUUCAUUCAGAAGGCAUCAGUGGGCAUCACCGUGCUCAGCCUGUGUGCAUUAAGUAUUGACCGUUACCAUGCAGUGACAUCGUGGAGCCGGGUGAAGGGAAUGGGGAUCCCUCUGUGGAAAGCAGUGGAGGUGACACUGAUCUGGCUUGUUGCCGUGGUGCUGGCCGUCCCCGAGGCGCUGGCAUUCGACAUGUUGGAGAUACCCUACAGAGGCAACAAGCUGCGUGUCUGCCUGCUGCAUCCAGAACAGAGCACCAGCUUUAUGAAGUUCUACCAGGAUGUAAAAGACUGGUGGCUCUUCGGCUUCUACUUCUGCUUUCCGUUGGCCUGCACAGGAAUCUUCUACACACUCAUGUCCUGUGAGAUGCUCAGCCGUAAAAAAGGCAUGCGCAUCGCACUCAACGACCACAUGAAGCAGCGGAGGGAAGUGGCCAAGACGGUGUUCUGCCUUGUGUUGAUUUUCGCUCUCUGCUGGCUGCCCCUUCAUCUCAGUCGCAUUCUGAAAAAAACAAUCUAUGACGAAAAUGACCCCAACCGCUGUGAACUGCUCAGCUUCCUGCUAGUGAUGGAUUACAUUGGGAUCAACAUGGCCUCCUUAAACUCCUGCAUUAACCCGAUUGCCCUCUACUUUGUCAGUCAGAAGUUUAAAAACUGCUUCCAGUCCUGCCUGUGCUGCUGGUGCUAUAGAACAUCUCCUCUGGACAAGCGAGGUUCAAGCAGAAGCUGGAAGGGCUCGUGUCAUGGGAACGGACUAGACCGCUCCAGCUCCCGCUCCAGCACCAGUCAGAAAUACACAAGCUCGUCAUAAAUGUAGACAUCAAACCAGCCAAACCCGGUUUUCCAUUCGUUCUCAUAAUGAAGAAACAACACACCAGUGGGGGGAUAAACAAAGCGAGGUAGAAGUCACCCUACAUUUAUACAGGACUGGCAGCUGCCUGAAGGACUAUGACAGAAGGAUCAACCCAAACAGAUGAAAGACAACAGGAAUGUACCUAUUCAGGCUGAAUACGAACUACAAAACAAUGACAAAACCAUCAUUACAUUACAUUUAUACUCUGACGCUGAGGACUGAGUAGAGGACUUAAAGUAUCUCAGUGGACCAUUAUGGUAAAUAGUAUACAUUCAUAGACAUUGUUUAUUCAAGCCACAUGUAUAUUUAUGUACAGUAUUAUUUACAUGCAGUUUGCAGACUUAUGAUUAUAUCCGGCCCAAGGACUUUAUGUAUGAACAGCACUGAUAAGUACUAACUGUUGUUGCUUUGAUACCUCAUGGGGAAAGACAGUGAGAAAAUGUUCUUGUCUCAAAGGUUAGAGUACUUGGUACUAAUUUACAAUAAGAAAACCCUCAUAAAGGACUAAUAAAUGGGUUAUGAUUAGGUUACAAAGUGGUUGUAAACACUUCAUAAACCAUUUUUAUGCUGUUGUAACGCAUUGAAACACUGAUUCAGCCUUUAGUGUUAAGCCUCAGAUAUCAUUGGUUACUGAGUUGCCGUCGUCUCCAUCUGCAGCAUCUGAUAUUUAUUAAUAAGUUAUGACAAUUUAACCACCACCAACACACCUUAAUACUGAAGAAGUUUCAUUUGGCAUAUUUCAUUGUGGCAUAUCAAAUGAAUAACUCAUGCCAUAAAGCUCUGGCAGUAUAGUUUUUCAUAUUUUACAAAAGUAAUUGUACUAAUUUGGAUUAAUAAAAUACAGUUUAAUGUAAGGGUAGGGCUGUGCAGUCAAGAAUAUGACAUUUCAUAUUAUCCUCUAUGGAUCAUGUUGUUGUGUUAUAUGUAACUGUCCUUACUGCAGUGUUUGAGGUAAUUUGGACACAUUGUUCAACAUGGAUAUUUGUACAAAAUAAAACACACUGACAAAGGAAAAUGAAGAUAACAGAAAUCAUAAAGAAAACUAAAUAUUUUAAGUUUCUCAUAAAAUAAUAUAGUUAUCAAAGGACACAAAGGACUGUAUGGUCUUUUAACUUUACAUGUUGUAUUGUGAUCUGUUCAGUUACCAUGAUAUAAAAUGACAUACAGCAGAUCUUGACCAUAUUGCCCAUUCCUACUUAUUAAGUUUCUUUCUGCCUAUUAUAAAUAUAAUAACUCAUUACUAAAUAAUUUCACAUGCUGACAGAUAAAGGGGUUAAAAUAAGCAGUAACUUAAUGUUGCCUAAACUACUGUAUGAACACUGUUAUUAUAAUUAUAACUUCUUGUUUAUUAAUAACUUCUU